UCAUCAAUUUUUUUUAAUCAACAAAACCAACAGAAAAUAAUUAUAUUUUUGCAAAAUAUAAUUUUUAUAAAAUGACUGUUGAGCAGCAACCGAACGGUGCGUCAACAGAUGAAGAUAUCAUUGACACAGCGAUCGGAUUAACUGGGAUUGGAAAGUUUACUAUUAAAAUGGUAGUGAUAAAUUCAUUAAUUCUGUUAAACGCCGGCUUUACAACAAAUGGAAUAAGUCUGAUAUUUCCGGCGUCAGCGUGUGAUUUUAAUUUAACAACAAUGGAUCAAGGUCUCAUGACAGCAACUCCAUUUUCAGGGAUGAUUGUUGGGUCUUACUUCUGGGGGUGUUUAGCAGAUUUGCAUGGACGGAAAUACGCCCUUGUGAUAGCAUUAUUCUCUCAAGGAUUAUUUGAAAUGAGUUCUUCCUUGAUAUCGAACUUCUGGGGUUACAUAUUCUUCAAAUUUCUCAGUGGAUUUUCAUUAAUUGCUCAGAAUGCAAUCGUAUAUCCGUAUGUUGGAGAAUUUCAACCGCCGAUUCUCAGGAAAAAAGUUUUGUGCACAUUGGAAUUAGCGUGGGUUGUUGGAACGAUCGCAUUGCCUGUUCUUGGAUAUUUGAUAAUUCCUCUAGAUGUCUCGUACACAACCGAUUACUUUUUCUUUCACUCAUGGAAUCUUUUCGUCUUCUUGUACUCAUUAUUGGCACCGGCCUUGGGAAUUUGGCUUUUGACAUUUCCAGAAAGCCCCAAAUAUUUGGCAGCACAAGGAGAAGAUGCAGAUCUCGCAAAAGCGUUGGACGUUAUGCAUUCGCAGAAUACUGGAGAAUCAUUCGAUAUUUUUUUGCAAAAAUUGACAGAUAACGGUCUGGACGAUCUUCGGCGGCGUUUGGAGCUGAAGGAAAACCAAAGUGCGUCGGAAAAAUCUUCAAAGUGUGAGAAAGCUGAGAAAAUACUGCGGGACAUUAUGAGGAACACUGGGAAAUUAUUUAGACCUCCAUUCCUCACACAGACUUUACUCAUUUGUAUUCUCUGGUACUGCGUUGCAUCGACGUUCUUUUCCUUCACCAUGUGGUUUCCAGAGUUGGUUAGAAGACUCGCUGCCUUCGAAGAGAUGUUUCCGAAUGAAAGUGCAUGGAUUUGCAGCGCAAUUCCCGCAGAAAACUCGACAAUUACUGCUAACGUCAGCAAGUGUUUGCCGAAUAUUCCCACUGAAGUAUUCCACCAUACGUUGAUACUUGGAGCUGCCUGUUUGCCAACAAAUCUCCUGGUGCCAUUAUUUGUAAAUAAAUUAGGAUUUAAAUUUUUCUUGGUCUCUUCUUCUACAGUCGCAAUGGCUGUAACAGUGGGACUAUUUUUCGUUCGAUCGUCAACGCAGAAUCUCAUCCUCUCCUCAAUUUACGAGGGAUUCUUAUCAAUCAGUUCAGCUCUCGUUCUCGUAGUGAUAACAGAAUUGUACCCCACGCAGAUCAGAGCAACAGCAUCAUCGCUUGGAGUUUUACUAGGAAGAAUCGGAUCGGUCAUUGGAAAUUUACUGAUGGGACAUUUGAUCGAUAAUCACUGCGUCAUUUUCAUUAGUAGUACUAUAGUUCAACUCAUAGUUUGCCUCAUAGUCUCGUUGAUUCUACCGAUAAAACGAAGAGACGAAAAAUCUGUCUCGAGCUCGGUCGUCACUUUAGUGAACCAAUGAACAUUUCAAACCUAUCAGUAUUAAUUACUAUUGUGUCCAUUGUCGUCAUGACAAUUAAUUUUAAGGACCUUUUUAUUUCGUAAUAAAGCAUUCGAUUUUGUUAAUAAAAAAAUUAGACUUUUAAUAUUUAAUUCCGUGCGAUUUCGCCAUUUGAUUUUUUUUUAGUGGAAAAGGUGGAAAAAAAUCGGAAAUUACAGAAAUUAUCUAGUGAAAUAUUUCAAUCCUGAAAUUCCUUCGGUUAUCGUUUGGAAUAAUACAACAAUAUAUAUUCGAAUAAUUUGAAUAAUAUUUGAAUAAUAUCUGAAUAAUAAAAAUAAAAAUACAUUUAAAAAUAUCAGAACAAAUAUAUCAGAGAAGAGUUGCAGUCAGAACAGGAUUAAGUAAACUAAAAUUAACUGUUAUUUAAUCAUUGUUAACGUAACAAAUUUAAGUGUUAAAUUUUUUUUUUCAUUUUAAAACAAGAAAAAUCUUUAGUCAAUGCUUUCCAAUAGGAACAUCGUAGAAAAAAAGAUAUAUUUAUAAAUACUGAAUAUUUUAUUAUUUCUAAGAACAAUCAUGGAUAAUAAUGGAGAAAGAGGUAAACCUUCGUCUUUAAAGACGAUGUGUUCUAAAAAAA